UUUAAAUUAAUAUCAGCAAAGUAGAAGAAACGGCAGAACCGCGAGAAUGCGGGAAAUUACAGCUCUAGCACUAGCAGUCAGAAUUGACCACAUUUAUUCUCGCCUGAGGCCAUCAAUUUACUUAAUCUCGACCGUCCAUCAAUGCCGCCGGCAUUUUCGUCCGGCGGUCAUCCGAGCUGGGCGCAGAUAUCCGAACUUGGAUGAUUACUACCAGAAAAACGCCCGCAAGUUCUGGGAUAACUUUUACAAGCGCCAUAAAAACAAGUUCUUUAAGGAUAGGCAUUACUUGGAGAAGGACUGGGGGCAAUACUUCUCUGAUGAUGCUCAUUCCCCAAAUGGCAAGGUCGUUUUAGAGGUUGGUUGUGGAGCUGGCAAUACUAUCUUUCCACUUGUGGCAGCAUAUCCCAAACUUUAUGUGCAUGCUUGUGAUAUCUCACCUCAUGCAGUCGCGCUUGUUAAGUCACAUGUGAAGUUCAAAGAAGAUCGGGUAAAUGCAUUUGUCUAUGACGUUACGGUUGACAAUCUACUUGAAAGGAUUAAUGUUUCUUCAGUUGAUGUUAUUACCUUGAUUUUUAUGCUGUCUGCAGUUUCUCCAUAUCAAAUGCCCUUGAUAUUGCAGAACAUUAGAAGAGUACUAAAGCCAGAUGGUUAUGUUCUCUUGCGAGAUUAUGCUGUCGGAGAUUUUGCUCAAGUGAAGCUAAAAAACAAGAAUCAGAUGAUAAGCGAGGGCUUUUAUGUACGAGGUGAUGGAACUUGUUCAUUUUACUUCUCUGAAGAUUUCUUGUCAACCUUAUUUUUGCAAGCUGGCUUCAACACUGUAGAUAUGAGUACAUACUACAAGCAAAUCAAGAAUCAUCAUAGGAAUAUAAAUAUGGAUCGGCGUUGGAUACGAGCUGUUUUUAACAACUUUGGUUGAUAUAUUGUCCAGAUUUAGCACAAAUUCUGCAACCCAGAUGACAGUCUUAUAAUUCAUAUGCUGAAUGCUCACUAAUUAGCCAGG